UCAAUCAAAAGCAGUAGCAUUGACAUCAUUACAUAAUAUCAUUUUUUUAUUUUAUUUUUCAUCUUUUAAUUCCUUCAAAGGCACUUACAGUAUCAUUCAGGACCCGAUUAGCGGAACAAAUUCAUAAACCCGAAGAUGAAUACAAAGCAGUGAUUGAACAUUGGACAGCUCAUUCACAGAAGGAUGCUCUAAGUCGUCAGCGGACACGGGCUCUAAAGGAACGACUGGCAGCAGCGAUCAAACACAAAGAUUUAGGUUGGAUCCAAAAGGAACAAGAGCGGCUAGAAUUGGAGGCUAACGGGACUGCGGAUGACUAUUUCUACAUUAUUCAAGCAUGGAUCAAAUGUGGCGAACUUAAACGAGCCACCAUGACGUUUGAAAAGAUGGAGGCCAUGCCAAGUAUUCCAAUGACUUCGCGAAUAUUGGCAGCUAUGACAAGGGCACAUGCUCGAGCAGGAACAGGGGCAGGAGCAGAAGCAGGCAGCUUGGCAAUUGCAGGGACGAUGGUUCAAAAGAUGAAGGAUUUAAACUUGCAACCGACCUCGAUAUAUGACGCUAGUGCAGUCUUGGAGUAUUAUAUCAAAAUGGCACCAGCCUUGACAUCAUCUUUAUCAGAAUCAGUCUCAAUAACAACCUCAGUAACAGCAACGCGGGAGUCCGAUCCAAAUCAUCAGCAAGUGGAGGCAGUCUGGAAGACAAUAGAGCCUCAGGUACGACUGACAAUCUCAACAGCCGCCAACAACAAUGCCUCUUACUCUUACAGGAUUUAUCUACUGUAUUUGGUCGGUCGAGCCCAUGAUCUAGAACGAGCUGCAGAACUGAUCGACACCAUGACGAGCCGAAAUGUGUCUCCUGAGCUUGAAAAGUAUCCCAAGACAGCUGUGAAUGUGAUUCAACAAUUAUGUCAACAUGGUUACUUGACAGAGGUUCAACAAUUGUUGGAUCAAAAGGAGGCAGCUUUAGCCAAAGUGCUCCCACAGUUGACAUGGAGUCAUUUAAUGGAGGCUUGUAUGGCUCGAGGAGAGGAUCAAAAAGCGAGAUGGGUAUAUAAUGAUAUGAUUCGGUAUGGAAUUCAACCGAACAGUCGAUGUAAAAAGCUAUUUUCGGAUCUGCAAGUAAAAGGGGGCACAGUAGAUCGAGGAAGGCCUGAUGUAGCGGGGAUAUCGUUAGGAUCGGGAUCAGGCAUUGAAUCAACAGCAACAAGGAAGUCUGAUGCAGAAAUUCUGAACAUUCUGUUCAAUCGACAGUCAAAACCUGCGCUAUCAUGAAAGCGUUUCUUUUCCUCCGCCUGCACUCUCAUUAUCUCUUUCUUUUAUAUAUUUUUUAUACACAUUACUUAUCUAGAUCCUUUAUUAUCUUUUUAACAUCUGGAUGGGGGCACAAAUCGCGAUUGUGCACUCUCUCCCUUUCCUUUGUUUGUACUUUUAAGAAAUAAACAAGUAAAAAAAAUGGGG